ACACAAAAUAAAUCUGGAAAGGUUUUUUAUUUUUUUUUUUUUACAAAUAAUUUGGGAUUUUUACACACUAUCGCGAAAUUCUUACUCGUUUGCUGCUAAAAGAAAACUAAAAUAUGCCAAAUGUCAAUUUUCUUUUCGACAUUGUCGUCACACGUUUAUUGUGUCCCAACGAGAAAUUCGAAAAUCCCGAAAAAUGCCAAGUAAAUGUCGUAUUUAACAGACAAUCCAUUCCGAUCACCUCGAGUCGCAUCAAUGUGCAUGAUUUUAAUGCCGCUCGACGUUUAGAAUUCGCAUCGGAUCCGGAAACGUUACGCCAGGGCCUAGAGAAAGCUGGAAUGCCGCUUUUGGUUCGAUAUGGAGGAAAUCUAAUUGGCAAUGGGAAACUGAUCUUUCCUGAGAUUGUGUUGAAUAAAAUAGAUAUCGGUAUGAAUGAUCUAAUGCAUGCAGAUACAUGUGAAUUAAAGCGCAAUGACCAGAAGGUUGGAAUUGUUGAGCUACUUUGCCGCAUAACCAUCAAAUGUGAUGAAAUGGUGUCUGGAUCGGAUGAGCGUCCGAAAACUUGUGCCGAUUUAAAUAGUGUCAUCAACAAACAAGAUAUUAUGUUUCUUAUGAGCACUGCCGAUCCGUGUGCUAAGCACCAGGAGCUCUGCAAUAAUGUAUCUGAAUCCGAAGAGGGUGAUGCACGUCUUCGUUUGGAUAUUGAUCGUUAUCGUAGCAUGAAUUCAAGAGUAGAUCCAUCAACUAUCGAGGAACCAGAGCCAGAGGUUAUUUCAUGCAAUGUGUUGAGAAAAGUUACCGAUCACUAUGUGGAUGUGAUUGAUUCAGUGGCUAAAAAAAUCAAAGACCUCGAGCCAUCAUUUUCGCCAAGUCGUGAGCCAGCAAUAACACGUCCCAGCAAUGAAAUGGGAGACAUGCCAAGCAAUUUUGCAGGUGCCGAUUGUACUAUACCCAUUCCCGUAGGUGACAUGGAAAAGCAAGGCAUACGCUUUUGCCCAGUCUGUCUAUAUUCCAUGUCGUGGCUGCCCAAAUAUGCCUGCUGUCCGAAUUGUGGAGCCAAACCCAUGCCUGUGGUCAAAGAAAGUUCAAGAACAAAAUUAACGGCUAGCAAGAUCCUGGAUGAGGUGCUAGUUAAGCCACAGGCUACUCUGGGAGCAGAGGACUUUUGUGUUGAUCCUUGCAAAGUCAAACUGAACGAAGAAUGUCCCGAUGAGGCCAAAGAUACUUGUUCAGCUACGCGUUGUACUUGCAAAGGUGGUAAAAUAUGUGCCCAUUGUCGUAUACGUAAACUCUGUGAGGAUAUCUUUGCCAAAAAAGGCGACACAAACCCACACUGCCCCAUUGUAGAGCCGGAAUCGGAUGAAGAUUUCUGCGUGAUUGCCGAGACUGAAACAGAUUGUCGUCCCUAUUUGGUAAGGGUAUUCUCAGAGCUUCGAGAUCUUUACCAGAUUAAUGACAACAAAAAAGCCAUGGAACAUCAGACACGCUGCACUCAAUCCCUGAUGACGAUGAAAUCGAAAAGGUCCAUUGCAGCCAAACUAUUGAGUAAGAGCGGGAAAGCUGCCUCAAUGGGAGCCCUAACCGACAAGAAUUAUGCUGGUGUGCCGACUAAGUUGGGUCACAAGACGUGUAUGAAUCAAAAUAGAACCGUGUCUCGCCGUCACGGCUGGAACUGGACAUCAAGUCCACAGGCCCGUAGACAUGGCUGGCGUCCGGGUGCCAUUGCGCGACCCACAAGCAAUGUUAUGAAGUUCUUUCUCGAUCACGAGACUCGAAAAUCCGUGUACAAUGUGUGCCAAAAGGUGUUGGACCAAGAUAUGCAAAGAACUAGAGGUCAUCAGCCUGUUCUUAGUGUGUCCAAAAAAAAUGGAGAAACCUUUAUAACACUGCGACCGCUUCAAACUCUUGGUAUCGAGCAGCAUCCAAUUGUGUUCAAGAUUGUCAAAAGUGACCUGGCCAAGGCAUUACGUGAGAUAGGGCGUUCUCUGAAGGAUAAGGGCUUUGCCAAGUGUUCAUGCCACCAAACUCUUAGACUCUGCACUUGUCGCAGUGACCAGGACAAGCAAAAUCUAAAUCGUGCUUUGAUCAAGGAGUGUAAAAAACAUCAGAUGCCCCCAUGCGCUGACCAAUUGGUUCUCACCGAUACUAGUGAAAGUGAAUUGGAGUUCAAUUUCGAAAUCACACCGCCGGCGGGCACAAAGAAACCCAUAAAAAGAUCCAAGUCCCGUGUUGUCAAUCGAAGUACACAGACAAACAAGACCGAUCGCAAUAUUAAGCCCCAAUAUCCUAUUGAUCAAAGUCCGUAUUAUCGCACCUUCGACUGUGCUGUAGGUGAUCGCUAUAUGGGCACAGCCUUUGGUGCUCUUACGGAGAAUGUCUUUGAAGAUGGUGUAUUUGGAUAUCGAGGUGGCGGACAGCAUGGGCAACCACCUGCACCUAAGAAUCAGAAAAUUUGGGGCCCCCAGCCGGGAGCUCCACUACGUAUUAAGAAUAAGAAAGCCUGGAAAGACAUGUCCCCGAGUAUCCUAAACAAAAUGCGCAAAUUGAAGAAAAAGUAGAUAUUAAGUUUUAGAUUUUAAGCCAAGUUUCCAAGCUUGUAAGAUUAAACCAAAUCCCUGACAGUGAAAGAGCUUGGAUUGACGUCCUUCCAAGUUAUAUGCUAAAUAAGCAGAAGUUAAUAUAUGAAAAUAAAACUCUGUAUUUUAUUCAAA